AUGCUGUCGUGCCUAGUGUCGUGCGAGGUCCUCACCAAAUUCUUUUUGCUACAGCCGCCGUGCAAAGCCCGGUCCAACAACACUGGAGAGGAGAUGCCUCUGGGGCUGGGCCUACUCGCGGGCGCGGUCCUCGGCUUCAGCUCGACUCCACAGGGCUCGCCGUCGCCACCCCCGUCGGCCUCGCCCCUCCUGCCCCCGUCGGCGUCGCCCCACCCAUCCCCGUCGGCCUCACCCCUCCCCCGCCGCCAUCGGCCUCACCGCUCCCGCCCCCCUCUGCCUCGCCCCUUCCGCCGCCGUCGGCAUCGCCCCUUGACUGCAGCGCGGCCAACCCAUAUAUCGCGAACAAUUGCCUGACUUGCUGCAACUUGUGGAAUUUCCCCGAUUGCACACAGUGCGCCCCAAUCUUCUCGUGCUGCCCGCCGUCGGCAUCGCCCCUUCCGCCGCCGUCGGCUUCGCCCCUUCCG